AGCUGCCGCAGCCAUGGGGAACCGCGGGAUGGAAGAUCUCAUCCCUUUGGUCAACCGGCUCCAAGAUGCCUUCUCGGCCAUCGGCCAGAACGCCGACCUCGACUUGCCCCAGAUCGCCGUGGUCGGGGGCCAGAGCGCCGGCAAGAGCUCGGUCCUGGAGAAUUUCGUCGGGAGGGAUUUCCUACCUCGUGGAUCUGGCAUUGUCACCAGACGCCCUCUGGUCCUGCAACUGGUUAAUGCCAACACAGAAUAUGGAGAAUUUUUGCACUGCAAAGGGAAGAAGUUUACUGACUUUGAGGAGAUACGCCAAGAGAUCGAAGCGGAGACUGAUAGAAUUACUGGAUCCAACAAAGGCAUUUCUCCAGUCCCCAUCAACCUGCGAGUCUACUCCCCCCAUGUCUUGAGUUUGACCUUGGUGGAUCUACCUGGGAUGACUAAAGUUCCAGUGGGAGACCAGCCGCCUGACAUCGAGUUCCAGAUCCGUGACAUGCUCAUGCAGUUUGUCACCAAAGAGAACUGCCUCAUCCUCGCAGUUUCUCCAGCCAAUUCUGAUCUGGCCAACUCAGAUGCCCUCAAGAUUGCAAAAGAAGUCGAUCCCCAAGGCCAGCGUACUAUUGGAGUCAUAACCAAACUGGAUCUAAUGGAUGAGGGAACUGAUGCUCGGGAUGUUCUAGAGAACAAGCUGCUUCCACUACGGAGAGGUUACAUUGGUGUGGUCAACAGAAGUCAGAAGGACAUUGACGGAAAGAAGGACAUUUCUGCUGCGCUGGCUGCAGAGAGGAAGUUUUUUCUGUCCCACCCAGCAUAUAGGCACAUGGCUGAACGCAUGGGCACCCCCUUCCUACAAAAGACACUGAACCAGCAAUUGACCAAUCACAUUCGAGACACACUGCCAGGCCUGCGGAACAAGCUCCAAAGUCAGCUCCUUUCCAUUGAAAAAGAAGUGGAUGAGUAUAAGAAUUUCCGCCCCGAUGACCCUUCCCGCAAGACCAAAGCUUUGCUUCAGAUGGUUCAACAGUUUGCUGUGGACUUUGAGAAACGCAUUGAAGGCUCUGGGGAUCAGAUAGAUACCUAUGAGCUGUCUGGAGGUGCUAGGAUCAAUCGUAUCUUCCACGAACGUUUUCCCUUUGAGCUGGUGAAGAUGGAAUUCGAUGAGAAGGAGCUCCGUCGAGAGAUCAGCUACGCCAUCAAGAACAUCCAUGGUAUCAGAACCGGUCUGUUCACGCCUGACAUGGCCUUUGAGACCAUUGUGAAAAAGCAGGUGAAGAAGAUUAAAGAGCCUUGCCUGAAAUGUGUGGACAUGGUCAUUUCGGAGUUAAUCAAUACCGUUAGACAGUGCACCAAGAAGCUCAGCCAGUAUCCCCACCUGCGGGAGGAAAUGGAGAGAAUUGUUACGACCCAUAUCCGUGAGCGCGAGGGCAGGACCAAGGACCAGGUCAUGCUCCUGAUAGACAUUGAAUUGGCCUACAUGAAUACAAACCAUGAAGAUUUCAUUGGAUUUGCCAACGCUCAGCAGCGGAGCAGCCAGAUGAGCAAGAAGAAAACAGCCGGUAAUCAGGAUGAGAUCCUGGUGAUCCGCAAGGGCUGGCUCACCAUCAACAACAUUGGCAUCAUGAAGGGUGGCGCCAAAGAGUACUGGUUUGUUCUGACAGCUGAGAACCUCUCGUGGUACAAGGAUGACGAGGAGAAGGAGAAGAAGUACAUGCUACCAGUGGAUAACCUAAAACUACGGGAUGUCGAGAAAGGCUUCAUGUCCAGCAAACACAUCUUUGCCCUCUUCAAUACGGAACAGAGGAAUGUUUACAAAGACUAUCGGCAACUGGAGCUGGCAUGUGAGACACAGGAGGAGGUGGAUAGUUGGAAGGCCUCCUUCUUGCGCGCAGGAGUUUACCCAGAACGUGUUGGGUCCAGCGAGUCAGAAGAGAACGGAUCGGAUAGCUUGAUGCAUUCCAUGGACCCUCAGCUGGAGAGGCAGGUGGAAACCAUCAGGAACCUCGUGGACUCCUACAUGGCCAUCGUCAACAAGACCAUUCGCGACCUCAUGCCUAAGACCAUCAUGCACCUUAUGAUAAACAAUACAAAAGAAUUUAUCCACUCAGAACUGUUGGCGAACCUGUACUCUUGUGGAGACCAGAACACCUUGAUGGAGGAAUCGGCUGAACAGGCCCAGCGGCGCGACGAGAUGCUGCGCAUGUACCACGCCUUGAGGGAGGCGCUCAACAUCAUCGGAGACAUCAACACCACUACCAUCAGCACGCCCCUGCCCCCGCCGGUGGACGACUCUUGGCUGCAGGUGCAGAACAUACCGUCCGGACGCAGGUCUCCCACAUCCAGCCCUACACCACAGAGGAGAGCUCCGGCAGUCCCGCCCUCCCGGCCCGGAUCUCGAGGCCCGGCUCCUGGACCUCCGCCUGCUGGUGGUCCCACUCUGGGUGGUGCACCUCCUGUGCCCUCUAGGCCAGGGGCCUCCCCGGAUCCUUUUGGGCCUCCCCCUCAGGUUCCAUCUCGGCCCAACCGUGCACCUCCGGGUGUCCCCAGCCGCCCUGGCAAAGCUAGCCCCUCCCGCCCGGAGAGUCCAAAGCCACCAUUUGACAUGUAACUUCUGCUCCCUCUGAAAUCCAUCCUUUUAUCUGCCUCUUAGCUGUUCUGUCCUGGAAUGGUCCGACGCACAUCUUAAAAAACACGGCUUUGUUCUGUCGUAGCUUGUGGCUUGCACAUAUCAGACGUGACUCUAGUGAAACUGGUUUCUUCCUUCCUUCCAGUUGCUUUAACGGAAUAAAAAUUGAGUUAUAUUGUAGUAAUGAGAAACAUAUCUUUACUGUUAUAUAAAUAUCUAUAAAUAUAUAUAUAUAUAUAAAGAUCUAAAUCUAUAUGGUGUCCAGAAGUUUUAAAAGCCUUUAAUGCUUCUGAUGUUGAUUUUAGCAAAUACUUGACUAGGAAGAGUCGAUAUACGUACACACGUGCACCCAACUGAGACUCAGCAGCAAAGCCUGAGAUGAAUUCUCCGCUGCAUGGAGUUGGGUUAUUUUGUUGCCCCCAAAUUGUGGGUGAAUCUUCGCAGUGCUGGUAGUACCUGUGAUGCUGUCUGUGAUCUGUCAACUCUUGUUCACUGGCUGAAAUAAACUAUCAUUUCUGUACAAUGGAGGACUCCGUGACUAGAAAUAAAAGUAUCUCACUCCA